UUUUUUCUUUGAUUUUCACGGCUCCCAAACAGAAGUUUUUGAGAUUCUGAAAUGCUCAAGACAAAACCUUCAUCAAAUCUUAUUUCCCGCCAUCUUGCUUUUGCAGAAGCAAAUAGCCUCCGCCAAACUCUAACAGAGAAACUCUUAUAUCUAUUGAAGCAAUGCCUAUCUAAGAAGCCAAUACAACAAAUCCACGCCCAAAUGCUCAUAAAUUCAAUACCGAAACCCAACUUCCUUCUCUCCAAAAUCAUUGAAUUCAAAGACUUUAACUAUGCGUCUGUUCUUUUUGCCCAAAUACCCAAUCCCAAUGAUUAUGCCUUCAAUAUCAUGAUCCGAGGCUUAACUACCAUAUGGAGAAACCACGCUCUUACUAUUCAAUUAUAUUAUCAGAUGAAGCUUUUAGGCCUAAAACCGAACAAUUUCACUUACCCUUUUGUGUUCAUAUCAUUUGCGAAUCUUUUAGCACUGAAGCAUGGGCAGAUAGCCCAUUCUAUGGUGUGUAAGAUUGGUUUGGAUAAUGAUGGUCACGUGAAUCAUUCUUUGAUAACAAUGUAUGCAAAGUGUAGUGAACUGGCGUAUGCAUGGAAGGUGUUUGAUGAAAUUGGUGACAAAGAUUUGGUGUCUUGGAAUUCGAUGAUUUCAGGGUACUCAAAGAUGGGUUUUGCACGAGAGGCAGUGAGGUUGUUUAUGGAAAUGAGAGAGCAAGGAAUUGAGCCUGAUGAGAUGACUUUGGUGAGUGUUCUGGGGGCAUGUGGGGACUUAGGGGAUUUGGGUUUGGGGAAGUGGGUGGAGGAGCUUGUUGCUUCGAAGAAGAUACAGUUAAACUCAUAUUUAGGGUCUGCUUUGAUUGACAUGUAUGGGAAGUGCGGGGAUUUGAUCUCAGCAAGGAGGGUCUUUGAUGCCAUGGAAAAGAAAGAUGUUGUCACUUGGAAUGCCAUGAUCACAGGAUAUUCCCAGAAUGGAGCAUCAGAUGAAGCAAUUACACUUUUCAAUCGCAUGAGAGAGGUGGGUACAAAUCCAGAUAAAAUCACAAUGAUUGUUGUGCUCUCUGCAUGUGCUUUGAUUGGAGCCCUUGAUUUGGGAAAAUGGAUCGAGACAUAUGCAUCACAGAGAGGCUUACAAUAUGAUGUCUAUGUUGCCAGUGCAUUAAUUGAUUUGUAUGCAAAGUGUGGAAGCUUGGACAAUGCACUGAGAAUUUUUGAAAGUAUGCCUCACAGAAAUGAGGUCUCUUGGAAUGCCAUGAUUUCUGCUCUUGCUUUUCAUGGGAGAGCUCAGGAAGCAUUAUCUUUAUUCAGACGUAUGCUAAAGGUUGGCACUGUCAGGCCAAAUGACAUCACAUUUAUAGGAGUUCUUUCUGCUUGUGUCCAUGCUGGAUUGGUUGAUGAGGGCCAUCGAUUGUUUGAUUCAAUGAGCUCAUCAUUUGGAUUGGUCCCAAAAAUUGAGCAUUAUUCUUGUAUGGUUGAUCUUUUGGCACGUGCAGGGCAUCUGUAUGAAGCUUGGAACUUCAUUGAGAGGAUGCCUAGAAAACCAGACGAAAUUGUACUUGGGGCAUUGCUUGGCGCCUGUCAGAAGCGUAGAAACGUAGAUGUUGGUGAACGGGUUAUUAAACUGCUUUUAGAUAUCGAGCCAUCAAAUUCUGGAAACUAUAUUAUCUCAUCUAAGAUAUAUGCAAAUUUGAGAAGGUGGGAUGACUCAGCUAAAAUGAGGGUGUUGAUGAGACGACAGGGAGUCAUUAAGACCCCUGGUUGUAGCUGGAUUGAAAUUGGAGCACAAGUUCAUGAAUUUCAUGCAGGUGAUGAUUUACAUCAUCAUUCAAUAGAACUAUAUGAAUUGCUGAAUGAGGAAAUGAAGAGGGAAGGCUACAGUCCAAAGGUUGACUACACAUAGAGAUUGAAAAAUCGGAAACUUGCUUACAUCCUCUACCACUUAAAGAAUGUGCUUGGGUUUAUUAUCCUCAGGUAGGUCAAUUUGACCUUUUCUUUUAAAAAUUAUUUUCUGUUUUGAUUAAAAGUUAAAACGGGGAGCUUAACUGUGCCAACCAUAUGAUUGGUGAAUUAGCCACUUCUCUCACUGUUACAUAUUUGGUGGAGAUUACGCAGAAAUACAGUAUACAAGAGGAAUACACUUUGGGUUUUCUCGAGAGCACUGUUCGGGCUAAUGAUAAUCCAGAACCAAACAGUUUCAUUGUAUAUGAAGAGGACCUUAAAAGCUAGUGUUUGAUUCCACGGCCUGAUUUCUAUGUACAAGUUCUGCAAGAUUAUGACUUGCUGUGAGCCAAUUUAGUCCUUACAGAUGGAGAAUAGAGUGAGGAUCAGUUUACCGUGCUUCAAUUAGGAUAUUGAGGGGUUUGUAGUGUGUACACGUGUUCUUGGAGGCCCACAGAGGACCACAGGCACUUUUCUGCUCAGAGCAAUUGUGUUGUUUUCACCCUGCCUCCAUCUUUGGUGUAAAUUUGGUAGGAUAGAAUUUUCAGUUUUAACCCAUCCCCAGGGGUGGUCUAUUCGACAAUGUGAUCACCUGCACCUAAUAAAAUGUCUGGCAAGGGGAUUUUACUGAGAAA